GCAAAACUUCCUCAGCAAGCAAGAGAAAUCAGGCUAUUAGUAGUUUUAAGAAUGAAGGAGCAGGGCUCUUAAAAGCUCAUGAUUCUGAUUCAGUGUCUAAGGUAUUUCUCUAAUUUGAUCUUCAGGCAAUGCUUGGAAAUAAGAUUAACAUUGUUGUCAGGAUCAGACCUCUAAUCCCUACUGAAAAUUCCAAGGGAUGAGUGAAGUUGAUGAAUAAAUUGAACCAGCUCCUUUUACAGAAGGAGUUCUAUCAAGUUCAGUUUAAGUUUGAUAAUAUUCUAUCAAAAUAACCAAGGACAGAAGUCACUGUUCAACUCUGUGAGCUAUAUUGUCACUUACUUCAUGGUUGGUCUAAACGGGACUAUUUUUGCAUAUGGGCAAACAGGUGCAGGAAAGACAUACUCCGUUAUCGGAGAAGACUGCAAUUUGAAAGACUCUAAUAAAGGAGUUUUGCCUAGAGCCAUCCAUCAGAUAUUUCAGUCAAAAUAAAGAGAAAUCAUUCAGGCUCCAUGUUUCAUUCUACGAGAUUUAUUGAGAGAAGAUCUAUGACCUUUUUGAUUUUGAAGACAGGAAGGAGAAAUCCACCAAAGAUAAAUAUAAGCUUAAAGAACUCAUACUAAAAGAAGGAAGUAACGGCUCCUUCUCAGCUGAAGGAUUGAAGAGUUAUGAAAUCAAUACAGAAGAGGAAGCACUUUUGUUGUAUGAAAAAGGACUUGCUAAUAGAGCGACGAAAGCUUCUCUGAUGAAUAAAUAAAAGUUCCAGAUCUCAUGCAAUUUUCGAAAUUUACCUUGAAAAAGAGUCUAAAGGAGACAAGAAGCAUAUUGUGCGCAGCAAACUUAGAAUAGUUGAUUUAGCUGGAUCUGAAAAAUGAUCCCUCAGAAAUAUAUACUCGUUGAAGAAUAGGGAUAAAUAUAUCAAAGAACUCACAGCAAUUAAUGGCUCUCUAUCCUCAUUAGGUCAAUGUAUCAGUGCUUUAGCAGAUCCAAAAAGGAAGCAUGUCCCAUUUAGGAACUCAAAACUUACUAAAAUUCUGAAAGACUCUUUGGAAAUCAGUGCUAAAAUAGCGUUGAUAAUCUGUAUAUCCCCCUCUUUGGACAGCUAUGAUGAAACUGUAUCGACUCUACAGUUUGCUGAUCGAGCUAAGAAGGCAAUUCUGUUAGCCCAAGAUGAUAAUAGGAAAGCCAAAGGAAAAACAAGAGGUUUUUCGACAUACCGUGAAACUACAGCUCCAAUUUAUGACAACAAAGAAGCAAAUAAGAAGAUUAAAGAGCUCAUGGAGGAAAAUAAGGAGCUUAAAAAUCAAAUUAUGCUAUUCAAAAACUCCUCAUAUUCUAAAUUCAUGACACCACAAAAAUCAACUGAAACAUUUUCAUCCAAGAUCACCGAGUUUGAGUCAUUUCCAAUCAGAAAACUCAAGUAUAAAAAGAAGUCCAGACGAAAGAAGGGGGAUUACCUGAACCCUUCUAUCCUAAAGAAGACAUCUGUUAAUGGGAGCAGCAAGUCUAGGAACUACAUCACAGGAUUUAAGACCGCUCAGACCCUAGAGUCAUGCUCCAGUCUCAAGACGCUCAGGAGUUCAUUCAGUGUAAAAAGCCGUAAAUCUAGUAAGAAACGCAAAGUGAGAAAGAAGUUGAAAUAAAAGGACGAAACAUGUCACGUUCAAUAACAAAAUUCUUAACGAAAGUAGCCUAGAUGAGAACCUCAAAGAGAGAAUUGAUCAUAACCAGAAGUACAAUGACGAUACAGUCUUUAACAACUUCAGCAUCUACAGAGAUCUAACCAAGCCAGACGAUUCUGAGAGGGAAGAAAGCAAAAAUGAGGAAUUCUACACUAAAGAAGAAGUUUCUGGUAAUAAAAGAGUUGAAGAUCACUUUGAAAAGUCCAAACCCCAAAAUCAUGAAGAUAAUCAUAUCCGGCUGACCGAUGCUGACGAAAAAGAGCUUCUUAAAAUUCAAGACUUUGCAGAACUUACCCUUCAAGGUAAUCUUGAGCAAUCUGAAGAAACCAAGGUUGAUCCUGAAGAGAGGAUGGAGCCAGAACAGAAGAGCAUUGAUCAUGAAAACCAAGGAUUCAUCAGUGACCUCAAAGCAGAGCGGCCUGAAAAUUCUCAGAAAAAGGCUAUUAUCAACACUCAAAAGUCAGAUGACCAGAGUCUAUUCCAGCCUUCUAUCUCCCACAUAACAGAUAUCUCAGACUCUAAAAAUCUUGUUGAGAGUUUCAACAAUCUUGAAAUUUUUGAACCGAGCAGUUCAAGGGAGAAAAUAGCAAGCCAAUUCUCUCAAAAGCCAACUAUCUCUCCAAAGCAGCCUGCUGAGAAUGACAAGAAUACAAACCUUGAUGAUUACAACUUGGUUAACAUAAAAUCAGGAAGUUUGGAUGAAAACUUCCCUCUCAGUGAGGGAUCUGAUAAGCUGCCUGCUCAAAACAGCAAUGAGGUUAACCAAAGAGAUGACGAUGAAUCUAUUCCAGAGAACUCUCUCUCCAGGGAAAUCUCUGAAGAAGAAAAGUCCAUGCCUAAGAAAAACCUAUUUAUUAAGAUCGAAGAUGAUAGUGACGAGUCUGAAGAACAUUUUGUGAAUGACGGUCGACAGAGUCCUCAAAACCCUACGGCUGAUGAGGAACUCCUCGAGGAUUUCCCAGAUAGUAUUGAUGAGACACCCCAACCUAAGCCAAAGAAUCGGUUUGAAAGUAUAGGCCAAGAAAUCUCCAAGCUUAAUAAACUAAAGGACUCUGAUAUCAGGCUUGACUCUCCAAAGGAAGAAAGUAUUUUCCAGAAGUUUCUUAAAGGAAGAGAUCUUGAAAAUGAGUGGACAUUUCCGACUAAAAACUCUGGCGAGACUAACCAAAUGAACAUUGUUGAGAAUAGUGACACUGAUGAUGAUAUCUAUCAGACCUCUCCAAGAGAAAGUGAUGGAAGUCAAUACUUCCGAGAUGCUGCUAUCCCUAUAAAUAAUCAUGAAUCAAAGCCUGAUUAUGAUGAAUCCCAGAGUGAUGGUCUUGACAGUUUUCGGAACGAACACAAUAGAAUAGUAAAUGAAGAACUUAAAAUUGGGCCAGAAAGAUCUCCUAGUCCUAAGAGACGGUCAAAAUCAGGCUACACUAAAUCCAAGGAUACAAAAAUAGACUCUGACAUAAAGAACAAGCUAUCCAUUUCAAUAGAAUCUGAAAACAAGAGUCUUAGUAUCUCAAUGGAAAAUGGAAGUGAUAGAGGUCCUGACCAGAUCGAGUACCAAAAAUAGCAAUACAGAAAGCCUAUUCCAAAAGACAGAUUCAUUAAAAAACUCACUGAAGGAUUCUAAAGGACUUCUUCGAGGUACCCUUCAUAAUCCUAACCUAUAGACUUAGAGCCAGGAUCUGUCUUUGGCAUAAGUGAGGAUAACCUCACUUAUUCAUUAACAAACACAUUGUCCAAUUCUACAGGUGAGAAUCCCUCAAGAGGGUCAAAGCCUGGAGAGUAAUCAUGAAUAGAGGCUAGCUCCGGAGCAUCACCGCUUAGGCUAUCCAAACCUGAGAAUUUCACGAUCAAAAGAGAAAUAUUGCUCCAACGGUUUCUAGUUCUUUCCAAAUCGAAAGACCUAUGAAAGCAAGUAAUUUAUAGUUCAAUUUAAUAAUAAAUUAUCAGAUGGCCUUUCAUAAGAGUCUG